AUGAUCCUGCAGAGAAUAUUGAAAAGAGUAGCAAUAGGACUUGUUGCGCUGUCUUAUUUACAAAGAGCCAAUGGAUUUUUAGACAAUGAAGAUAUAGCAAAUAUAAAAACUUAUUGGGAAAAUAAAAAAGCUUGUAGAAGAAGAGAAUUUAACAACCGUAGAGAUUUUCUUGCUAAAGCAAGAAAUUUUGUAUGUGAAAAGACAUUAUCUGAAGCUUUUAAAUCUGGUCUAGGCAUAGCAGAAGAGAAUCUAACAAGUAUAGAAAAUAAUUUUCUUCCCUUUGAUAUAAGCGUGAACAAUAUAGCAAACAAGAUAGAAGAAAUAAGGUCUUUUAGAGCAGGUGAUAUUGAUUUUAAGGAUAAAGUAAAAAGAGAAACAGAUGAAUUAGAGAAAAUGGUAUCAACAGCCUUUGAGAAACAUGAUUUAUUAAGUGAUACGAUAAAAGACUUUGAUUCACAUAUGAUAAAACUAAUCGAAGAAUAUGGCAAAACAGUAAAUAAGUAUAAAAAUAUAGACGAGUUAACACUGUUUAAGCUAGCAAAGAAGAAUAAGCCUUUUGCAUUGGAUUUGGUGUAUACUUCCUUCACAACAAUAAUAUUUAAAUCAAAAGAGGAAGUAAGAGAUAAGCUAAACUACACAAUGAAAAAUAUAGACAGUAAUAUGUUUACUACACAUUUUAUAUAUUACAUGCAUGCUAUAACGAAUGAUCUAAGAGGGGGCAUUUUAGAUAUACUGAUAUUAGCUGAUAAAAAUCUUCCCAUAUUAUUCAGUCCAUAUGGAGUGAAUGAAGAUUUAAUGAAUAUCUAUCUCAAUCUGGUAAACAAAGAUAUUUCUGAUAAUGAAAUAGACCAGUACAUAACUAUGAAGCCCGGAGACAUUAUAAAAAUGAUAAUGCUAGAAUGCAUGUUUAAUGGAUAUGCUAUGGACCACAGAAGAAAUGACUUGUUUUUAAAUAUUGGAAGAAUAAUAAAAAAAAUAGGAAGACCACUGAACAACAGCACAGAUGAUUACAAUGGCAUGAAAGCAGCAAGAGAAAGACAAGAUGAGAUACUUGAUGCUUUAAAUAUUCUGUGGAAUGACAGGGAAAGUAUGAAAGUAAUUCAAAGUAAUAAAGAUGCUGCAUCAAAAGAAAAAAUACGAAAAGAAAAACUUGAUUCCUUCUGCAAACAGAACGGUAUUGAAGCUUCAAGCUUUACAACUAUACAGAAUGGUUUUAUAUCUGCUAGAUGGAUGUAUAACCUGAGCACAGAUAGUCCAAUCACAGAAGGUAUAGAUGAUAAUCAAGAGCUGCUCAAAACACUCUACUUUACUAUGUCAUACACCCAUCCUAUGCUCUACAUAUAUAUGCGAUGUGAGGAAAAAAAUCAGUUGGUUAAAACAAACCUUGAAUCUAAUGAAAAGCCCUUUAUAGAUAGAGAUUCAGAGGACAAUAUGAUGCUUAGACUAUAUAAAAUAAGUAGAGAAGAUAGCCAUUCAGUGCGUGCAGAGAAUAUGAAGUUUUGCAUUAAAGCAUGGUUCUCACAUAAAAUUCAUAUUAUCUAUAGAGAAAAAGAUACUAAAGAAUAUUACAAUAUGGUUGAAGAUUUUAAAGAACAUUUGGAAAAAUCGCAAU